AUGAAUCCUCACAUGUUCACCUUCGUCAGCCGCGACGACAACAGCUCUGUUUAUGCAGAAGUUUCCAAAAUGCUCGUGUCCACCGGACGGUGGAAGAAGCUGAAAAAAGACAACCCCAGGUUCAACCUGAUGCUCGGUGAACGGAACAGACUGCCCUUCGGACGCCUUGGCCACGAACCAGGGCUGGUGCAGCUGGUGAAUUAUUACCGAGGCGCGGACAAGCUUUGCCGAAAGGCGUCUUUGGUCAAGUUGGUAAAGACGAGCCCGGAGCUGUCCGACAACAGCAGCUGGUUCCCAGAGUCCUACAUCAUCUACCCCACCAAUCUCAACACCCCUGUGGCGCCGGCUUCCAACGGCAUCGGCCAUCUGAAGAGCAACCCCAAAACGGAUGAGCGGGAGGUGUUCUUGGCCUCGUAUCAGGCGAAAAAAGAAAGUGGGGACGGCACCGUGUGGAUCGCCAAGUCUUCUGCUGGAGCUAAAGGUGCUGGUAUUCUUAUAUCCCAUGAUGCUGGCCAGCUGCUGGAGUACAUCGACAAUCAGGGGCAGGUUCACGUCAUCCAGAAGUACCUGGAGAGACCUCUGCUGCUGGAACCGGGUCAUCGAAAGUUUGACAUCAGGAGCUGGGUGCUGGUGGACCACCAGUAUAACAUCUAUUUGUACCGAGAGGGUGUGCUGCGGACCUCGUCAGAACCCUACAACAGCUCUGACCUUCAGGACAUCACCAGCCACCUGACCAACCACUGCAUUCAGAAGGAGCACUCCAAGAACUACGGUCAGUUCGAGGAGGGGAACGAGAUGUUCUUCGACGAGUUCCGGCGGUACCUCCUCAACGCUCACGGCGUCGCCCUGGAGACGGCGCUGCUGCCUCAGAUCAAGCACAUCAUAAAGAGCUGUCUGACCUGCAUCGAGCCCGCCAUCAGCACCAAACAUCUGUCCUACCAGAGCUUCCAGCUGUUCGGGUUUGACUUCAUGGUGGAUGAAAAGUUGAGAGUGUGGCUCAUCGAGAUCAACGGCGCUCCAGCCUGUGCACAGAAACUGUACCCAGAGUUAUGUCAGGGCAUCGUGGACGUGGCCAUCUCCUCGGUGUUCACCCUCAACAGCAGCAGCGACUCCUCGUCUCCGUACUCCUCCUCCCCGUCCUCCCAGUUCACCACCACCGUCUACUCGUCUCCUAAGCUGAGGGGGCCUCUGCACGUCGGCCCUUUCACUCGUCUCUGAGCGUCUUGUCCUCCGUCACAAACGUCCUCUGAAGGAAAGGAAGAAGAUUUUAUUUUUACAGAGUUUCUCUAAAUCGAGAAAUGACCUCGUCAUCCCUGUUACGCAUCAACUGUGAAAGGAAAUGAAGGGAGGGAGUUUCUGAGUGACCCCCCCCC